AUGCUCUUUAUUUCAUAGGUGGUACUGGCAGAAAGAACAGAGAAAGCCCUAUGUGAAAUUUAUGGAGGCAAAUUACCCACCUGGGUUCACCUAUGAAGAUUUUGGACCCUUGUUUACAGCAGAAUUCUUUGAUCCUAACCAGUGGGCAGAUAUUCUGAAGGCUUCAGGUGCAAAAUAUGUUGUCUUAACUUCAAAACAUCAUGAAGGCUUUACUUUGUGGGGGUCCAAGUAUUCUUGGGCUUGGAACGCUGUUGAUGUGGGACCGAAACGAGAUCUUGUGGCUGAACUAGCAACAUCUGUUAGAAACAGGACUGACUUGCAUUUUGGGUUGUAUCAUUCCCUGUUUGAAUGGUUUAAUCCUCUCUUCCUUGAGGAUGCUGACAACGUCUUUAAGACAAGAAAGUUUCCAACCAGUAAAUCGUUACCAGAACUCUAUGAAAUUGUGACCAAGUACCAACCAGAAAUAAUUUGGUCUGAUGGGGAUGGAAAUGCGCCGGAUACUUACUGGAACAGCACUGGUUUCUUGGCUUGGCUGUAUAAUGACAGUCCAGUCAGGGACACAGUUGUGACCAAUGACCGCUGGGGAGUUGGAAGCAUCUGUACGCAUGGUGGCUUCUACACUUGCAGUGACCGGUAUAACCCCGGACACCUCCUGCCUCAUAAGUGGGAGAACUGCAUGACUAUUGACAAGAGGUCCUGGGGGUACAGGAGGGACGCGCACCUUGACGAUUACCUCCCAAUUGAGGACUUGGUGAAGCAACUUGUAGAAACAGUGUCUUGUGGAGGAAAUCUCUUGAUGAAUAUCGGGCCUGCUCACGAUGGUCGCAUCGCUGUUAUAUUGGAGGAACGCCUGAGGCAGAUGGGUGCCUGGCUGAGAGUCAAUGGAGAGGCCAUCUAUGGAACAAAACCAUGGAGAGCACAGAACGACACGGUCACACCAGGAGUGUGGUACACUGUCAGCCCUAAAGAAGGCAAAGUCAAUGCUAUCUUCCUUAACUGGCCUGUCUCUGGGACUCUGGAACUUAGUGAGCCACAGGCUACGCUUGGAGAAACACAGGUGAAGCUGAUUGGCUACAAGGAACUGUUGAAAUGGGUUGCACUGGGAGAAAAGGGAAUAGCGAUAGCUCUACCUCAAUUAACUCCUAAGCAAUUGCCAUGUCAGUGGGGCUGGGCUUUGCAAUUGACUGACAUAAACUGAGCCACGCAUUGCUU